AUGUUGGGGAUAAUUGGUCUGGAGGAGUGGUACCUGGAUGGGGGAUGGCCCGCCGUUUCAAUUCCGGAUGGAACGGGUGCGCUUCCGGCGUCGCCGUUGCCUGGUGACGGUUGGGGGCGGCUGCCGUUACGGGCGAGGCCCCGAGAGCUGGAGCGGCGCAGGCUCAGCCGGGCGGGCGCGGCUUUCCCACGGCGACCCCGGGACAGCAGGGAAAUGAGUGACAGGAAAGCAGCAGGAAAAGCUGCAGCUCAGAAAGGUUCCAAACCAGCUUCGCUGGUGAAGAAAUCAGGAACGGCAUCUAGAAAACCAGCGUUAAGCCAGCAAGCUGAGAGGAAAGGCACAGCUAAGGAAGAGAGCAGCUCCAAGCUCCCAAGGAAAUCCAGCAAUAAGCAGAAUGAGCCAGCCCUAAUACACAGCCCGCAUAUAGAACUGAACUACAAAGAAAAGGCUGUGCUAACGUUGCAGUGUGCUUUCCGUCGCAUCCUGGCAUGUAGAGCAAGGGAGAAGCGCCUUAGGGAGCAGAGAGAAUACACCGAGUUAAUGGAGCGCCUCCAGAGAGAGGCCUUCAUUGCGAUGGUGAAGAAGGAGCAGGAAGAAGCUGAACGGGAGAGACAGAAAGAGGAAGAAAAAAAGAAGCAGCAGCGAGAAAUACAACAAAGGAAGAAACGGAUGCUGGAGGCGGCAUUUGAUGGGGAUGUGGAAGAGAUGAAGGCUGUGCUAAAGGAAGUGUCAGAUUUGGAUACUAAGAAUGGUGUGGGUACCGAUGAAAAAGGGAAGGCCAUGCGUCUCUCUAAUCACAUCAACAUGGUGGAGUGCACUGACGCCAAUGGGAACACCCCCCUUUCAGAGGCAGCAGGAGGUGGCCACCCCAACGCUAUCAAGCUGCUGAUAGAAAAUGGAGCCAAUCCCAACUGCAAGGGAGCUUUUGGCAGGACCCCUCUUUAUCGUGCUGCUUUUGGUGGUCACAUGGCUGCAGUGGAGACGCUUCUUCAAUAUGGAGCAGACCCCAGACUUUAUGCUGAUGAUGGCAACACGCCUGAACAAAUUGCUUCUUUGGACAGCUUGGUUGCCAUUCUGCACUCCUGGGACAUCAGCCUGACCGAGUUGAUGCUACAGAAGAUGGAGGCAGAACAGCAAAGAAGAGCCUUGCUGGAAAAGAAGCAGAAAGAAGCUGAGACUCACCGAAUGAGCGAGGAGGUGGAGCAGCUGGCUAAAACGCAAGAGAGAUGUAACAAGGAGCUGCAGCAGGCCUACUGUGAACUGAACAGGAGAAUCACGGAGCAUGACAAGUGUCAGAGAAAGCAGAUGGUCAAUGCAGAGCUGACCCUGCAGGCAAUUGGUGAUGCAGAGAAGUUGGUGGAGACUCUACGUCUGGCUGCUGAGAAAGCAGAGGAGAAACUGUCCCUGGCCAGGCUCAGGUUGCGAGAACAGACUCAGGAAGGGGUGGGGGAUGAAUUCCAAGGGCUGAAGUGCUCCGUACAAGAGCUUGAUGAUGUGCUAUUGAAGGAUGUGGGAGGCAAAAUCCAUUCAGAUGGACGAUGGCCAUUAAUCAUUGAUCCAUCUGGACAGGCUGCAACUUUCCUGCGGUAUCGAGACACAAAUUACUUGAAUACACUGAACCCAAACGAUAUGAACAUGGAGACCAUUCGACUGGCCUUGCUGGGGGCCCUCCGGUAUGGAAAGCCAGUGGUGUUUGACAUGAUGGAAGUGAACAUGUUUGAUGCCAUGAAGAGGCAGUUGGAGGGAAUAGAGUCUGGACUGGCAGAGGCAAUUCUGAGCAAGCAGAUACUGCAGAAUGAAAGGUACCUGUCCUUAGUCAGGACAACAGAUGGACCAGAGUAUUCAUCAACUGAAUUUCAAGCAACUAGACUUGGAAACUUUAAAUUAUUUGUUGUCAUCAAACGUCACCAGCCCCCUGAGGAAUUGCUCCAAAUUCUCCUUCCAAUUCGGGUCAUUCUGGCCAAGUGCAGCCUGUAG